AGGCAGAACUACCAUCUCCUUCCUCCGGUCUUUGCAGAAGUAAAUGAGUACCUUCAUAAAAUUUGAGGAGAAUUCCUGUAGGAUUUUUGACAAACCCUGAAGCAGGUGGCCGCGUUGAGCCUGUGCAGAAGUGAAGUCACUAGGAACAAGUGUUAAAUAUUGUCAGCCGGUUUAGUGGAGAGAGGCAGGUCUGGUAGCUCUUGGGUUUUGUUGUGCUUCUAGCUCCUGUUCGUAGUAUGUUCUUAAGUAAAUAAGAGCACACUUCACUGAAAUACAAAGAAUAAUCACCAACAGUUUCCUGUCAAAAUAAGAGGCUAGGUUGAGUAGGUCUAUACAGGGAUUUUUUUCUGAGUCUGGUAUUUUUCUUGAAAACUUGAAGUGGGGUUAGAGGCAGUGAUAGACACAGAGGAGGCUCUGGAAGAUGAGCUGUGAAUUGGGGUACGUUGAAGUAACACCCUUAAAUCAAUAAGCUGUGGGGGUUCAGAGGCUGCUUCUACCUCUGCUGCUGUGUAGAUUAAAGAAGCCCCUUCAUUCUCCUCUGUACUCCGGCACCAUUUACUUGGUCCUGCAUUGGAGCUAAGGGUGAGCAAAUCAAUCAUUUCUUUGCCACAUGACCCAGUGGAUUAUCUUUGUUCCCGAGUGCUUUGGGAAGAAGGAUCAUCUCUCCUGAAGAACAGCGUGACACAGUGCGUGGCAUGGCACCUGGCAUGGCAGAGUCUCCCAUGUCAUUCCUUGGCGGCUGCUGCAAUGAAGGAGAACAAAACCAGUUUCUAACAGAUUGCAAGAAGACCCUCCUGUGGGUGUCAGUGGUGCACCAUCUGAGAAUAAUAUAAUGCAAUGGAAUGCAGUUAUAUUUGGGCCAGAAGGGACACCUUUUGAAGAUGGUACUUUUAAACUAGUAAUAGAAUUUUCAGAAGAAUACCCAAAUAAGCCUCCAACUGUUAGGUUUUUAUCAAAAAUGUUCCAUCCAAAUGUUUAUGCGGAUGGUAGCAUAUGUUUAGAUAUUCUUCAGAAUCGCUGGAGUCCAACAUACGAUGUUUCAUCUAUUUUAACUUCAAUUCAGUCUCUGCUUGAUGAACCUAAUCCAAACAGUCCAGCAAACAGUCAGGCGGCACAACUUUAUCAGGAAAACAAGCGUGAAUAUGAGAAAAGAGUUUCAGCUAUUGUCGAACAAAGUUGGAAUGAUUCGUAACAGCUGCUUUGUUACUCUCCAUCCUCAUAAUCAUUACGUACAAUUUAACUCUCAAUAGAAAGGCUACCAGAAAUUUCAAGUGCCACAGUUCUAAGAAUUUGCAUAAAAACUCAUUUGCAACCAAAAUUAAGCCCUCCAGUUUAGGAAACUUAAACGCUUGUGUAUCUUGAUUAACGUACUUUUUAUUGCAUGGUAUGAACUAAGUUAUUGCUACAUAAAUUUGUAAUAUAUCCUGUUUGUAUUUUUUUUCCAAGUGUAUAAUGUUGGUGUGGAGUUUUCAUGACAGAAUAUACACAUUUUGUAAAUCUGUACUUUUUCAAAUAUUGAAUGCCUUAUUUUUGAAUUCUUUAGAUUUUUAAAUUGGAGAAAAAGCACUUAAAGUUUUUAUAUAUAAAUAUUUCAUGUAAAACUGUUAAAUACAUAACCUUAGUGCAAGACAUUCUGCUCUCACUCUGUAUCUUUCAAAGGGCUCAGUUUUAGUCCAUUUUUCCUUUUGGUACAUGCUGAUUAUACCAUGCACUUUACAAACAGAAAAGUUAAUCCAUGAUGUAACUGUCUUCACUAGAUGUCUCUGCUUCUGCACCAGAGCUUGAUUCUGUGUCCCCUCAGUUGUAUGAGGAAGAGAAGUAUUGGUAGCUGCCAACUUGCACAUGGGGAAACAGAUGUAACUGUUUUGCUACAAGUCCCACAUUAAACCAGCAGCAGUGUUGCAAACAGGACCUGGAUGACCAGGCUUGAUGAUAAUGUAUUCUAAUAACUUUUAUUUUUCAGGGAGAUUGUAUUUAGCAAGUUGUAAAACAUUGUCAUCGAAAGCUGUCCUAUAUUCACAUACUGAUACUGUAAUAUGGCUUUGAAUGUCUUCUCAUAAGUGAAGAGGUGUCCUGUUAGUUUCCCUUAGGGGUAGGGAAAAAAAUUAAUCAACGGAAGAAAAUGUGCCUGCAGAUUUAAUGGCGUUACUGUUUGGAACUUGGCUGCAUACCACGUGGUCAGGUCUCGUGUCUGUAUUGCAGAGGUUCCACAUAGUCUUAAAUUGCGAGUUUUAAAGAAGAAUGGUUUUGGGUUUGUCAGUG